AGGCAAGACUGUCGAAUGGGUGCAUCGCUAUAGCUGGGAGAAGGCCAUGGAGGGUAGAAGGAAGCGAUGGAGAUGUGGAGAUGUUCCUCUUGCAUUACUCCUGGGUCUCAUCAUUGCACCGGCCUCGCCACUUGCCCAGGGUCGGAAUCUCCGCUUUGUUACCUUGUUAUAUCGUCAUGGUGAUCGUUCCCCAGUAAAAGCAUACCCCCAAGAUCCCUAUCAAGAAAGUGCCUGGCCACAGGGGUUUGGUCAGCUUUCUCAGGAAGGGAUGCGGCAACACUGGGAUCUGGGCCAAGCCCUACGAAGGCGCUAUGAUGGAUUCCUGAAUGCCUCAUACAAUAGGCAGGAGAUCUUCAUCCGCAGCACAGAUUUUGAUCGGACCCUGAUGAGUGCUGAGGCCAAUCUGGCAGGACUGUAUCCUCCAGGAGGGCAGCAGGUGUUCAAUCCCAACAUUUCUUGGCAGCCAAUCCCCGUCCAUACAGUACCUGGCUCUGUGGAGCGGCUUCUGAAGUUUCCGUUAACUCACUGUCCCCGUUACGAACAGCUGCAAAAUGAAACCCGGCAUACAGCAGAAUACGAGAAUAAAACAGUUCAGAGUAUGGAAUUCCUGAAGAUGGUGGCAAAAGAGACAGGAAUCCAGGAUGUUUCCCUUGAGUCUGUAUGGAGUGUGUAUGAUACCCUGUUCUGUGAAAAAACACACCAAUUACCACUUCCGUCAUGGGUGACUCCUAGUGUGAUGACUCAGCUGAAAGAGCUGAAAGAUUUCAGCUUUCGGUUCCUUUUUGGGAUCUACAAAUGGGUGGAGAAAGCUCGUUUGCAGGGUGGGGUCCUUGUGUCUCAGAUAAGAAAAGAUCUUACUCUGGCUGCAAACACCUCUCUGCACCAACACCUUAAAAUGCUUAUGUACUCAUGUCACGACACCACUCUUGGGGCCCUGCAGAUGGCUCUGGAUGUUUACAAUGGGAGACAGGCACCUUAUGCUUCAUGUCAUAUGUUUGAGCUGUAUGAAGAUGACGAUGGCAAUUUUUCAGUGGAAAUGUACUUUUGGAAUGAAAGUGGGCAUGAGCCUUAUCCGCUGCAGCUACCUAACUGUGAACAGCACUGCCCACUGCUGAAAUUCCUGCAACUCACAGACCCAGUUAUUGCACAGGACUGGGAACAGGAGUGCCAGAUAGCAAGCAGAAUGAACAACACAGAACUUAUUGUGGGUUUGGCGGUCUGUGGAUCCAUCCUCUUCCUCCUUACAGUCCUGCUCCUUACAGUCCUUUUCCGUAUGAAGUCACAGCCACCUGGUUACCGGCAUGUUUCCAAUGAAGGAGAGGAGCAGCCUUGACAACUGCUCCAGCCCCUCCUGAGGCAGUAGGAAGGAACACUGCAGCCCCGGGGGAAAAGGUGGGCUUCUUUUGGUGACUGAACAUUUCAUUCCUUUGCCUGGAUUGCUGCUUCCAAGCCCAAAGCCCCAGACUUGAUGUCAGAGCUUUUACAAUGAUCAAAAUCAGACUACCUGUCAUUUGGAUAAUCCGUUUAACUACUGGGUGUGGAAUAUCAGCGUGAUUUGAGGUUGCCAUUUUUAAAUAUACAAUUAGGUUCACCAAAGAUACAGACUUGCUUCCUGUGAAGCCAAUAUGUUGCCUGCAGUCUUCAUCGCUGGGCAGAAAGGUCUGUGACUACUAUAGCUUUCAGCUGGAAUCUGCUGCUCUUCAGAAAACUUUGUUCACCCUACUACUUGGCAAGUGCACCUCUCUUCCCAACUGUGGGGAAAGGGGCUGAAGCUAGACCAGCAGUAACUGGCUUCUCCAGCCCAGUCAGUAACUGAGAAUCAGAGUUCUGCCUCCCUUUCCUCGUAAAAUGAAGUACUUUGUUGGAGCACUUUUCUCUGAGGAAUUUGAUCCCUGUACAGGUUUGGCCUGAACUGAUAGUUCCUCCGUGCAAUCUACAGGAAAUACAUCUGUUUCUCAGAUAACCUGUCUAUUUGCAAAGAUUGUUCUAACCAACGACGUUUAUUGAGCAAGACUGGAAUAUAGGAUAUUUCCUCUCUCUGCUGACACUGCAUUUCAGCCUGAUUCUCAUUUUUAAAAAGCAGUGGAGAUCUCAGCUAUACAAAAGUUAAGCUAUGGGACCAAGAUACUUACUCCAAUUGAGGUUCAGCUGCAGGCCUUUCAGAGCCAUUUUCUAUCACCUGUUUUGCACCAUGCAAAUAUCCUGGAGCACCAUACACCAAAAGAAGUCUGCUUUUAAAAACAAACACACACAUCCAUCAGGUUUUUAGUUGUUGUCGUUACAGAAAAAAACAUUCACACACAGGGCUGUGUCUAAUUAAACCAGUAUUGCAGUGAUAAAUCUGUCAUUUCUAUUUGCACUGAAGAUCAAUUUCAAACCUUCAUCUCCUUAAUGUGCCAUGAGACUCCUUUUUGCUAUACCAAACUCUACAUGAUAUCUCACUAAAAUCUUUCACUAUGAAUCUAUGGCAUGUCUACCUUCCCCACAUACUCAGAAGACUUCCACAGAAGACAAAGUCUUUUUCAGAGUUCUUUGCCCCUCCUCUCAGAUAACCACUCAGGGCUAUAUGGGGAACAAGGUUCAAUCUAGAAAUCUGUUCCAAACCUAGAAUGGAAUCCAGAAUUCACUACAGACAAACACCUCUCCCCUUACUGCAUUACCCUCUUCCCUAAUCAGCCUUUCCUGAUGCUACUAUCUUUGUACAAACGAUGGUCAUUCUUUAUGGAUGAGGCUCCAUUACGUACAUUUGUUUCCCCUGUCUGCUUAACAAAAAACUGUGUCCCACACACUACAUUUCUGCCAGAAUUUCAGGACACUCAGCUUGUGGUCAUUCCAAUCAAUGUCUUUUCCCUUGCCGAUCACCAGACAGCAUCACACAGCUCCUGCAAAAUAGGAUAUAGGCACAAAGCCAAAGGAAGCCCAUGAAGAGAGCUGUAAGAAAGAGAUGAGUUACCAGUAUCCUAAUUUCUUAGAAGCUAUGUAGCAAAUUAAGAGGGUUAAUUAUUAAAGCUGUUUGUUUUGGUA